AUGUUUUUGGGCCUUAGUCGUCCCGUCAAGGUGGACAAGGGUUCCCACGGUCUGUUGGAGCUGCUGAUGAAUAGGGUGCGUGGCCGCGCCGAAAUUUCCGUUGGAAUGCGCAUCCGUUUGGCCUGUGAUUUAGCCACGGUUGUCCGCAUCACUGACGUAUCCAUCGGUAGGUUUUGCGUCCGGUUUCUAGUGUGCGUGAAACACGCAUGGUGCCGCUUCGUUGGUGCUCGUGGGACCCGCAUUAACGCAAUCGUGACGCCUUACUCGGGCUUUACCGCUGGUGUGCUCAGUCUGCGUGCGAUGGUGCUGCGACAUUCCCGUCGCGGGGACUAUGCUUGGGACACUGAUACUCAAGUACAAAAGGCAGAAACGCCAUCCUCACCUCCACCAAAAGUUCCCUCUCGAGGUACAAUACCAAUUUAUCGACGGGGGUACGGUGUUGCUCGUGCGCGUGGAAUGGUUCCCCGUCCGCUUGUUUGGGAAGACGGGCGUCUCCGACAGAUUGGUCUGGAAGAUGACGCCUGCGGACUACCAUUUCCUGGUGCAGUUUUGGGACGCAGUACUGGAUCCCUUCCGUCAGCUCCUCACGUAGAUGUUGAUGAAUUUGGUUCGAAUGUCCAAAGGGGUCGGGGACGAGUCUGUCGACCUCGUGGUCGGAUUAAGGUCCACCCCUCAAAACCCAUUCGCCAGUGGGAUGAGAAUGUCCCUUCGUAUCGACUGCCUGAGAUCAGUUCAGCUCUGCCAUCUCCAAGGAAGCGACCUAUUCUUCCGAUUGAUAUGUCUCUUCCGGUGUUUACGUUGCCUACAGACGUUCCACUUCCUUCAAAUGAUGUUCUCUUCCCCGCCUUGGAAUGUGAUCAAUCUGCCAUCGACAAAACUGGUCAACGCUGCCGAAAAAUGAAGAGCAGUGGUGUGAAUGAUUUUGACUUCGAGACACUGAAGACUUAUCGACGCUUAAACGGAUAUACCUUGUUUACCUUGGUAAUGAAAAAAAAGUAUGGUGUUGUUAACGAUGACAAUGGGCAGGAUCAAAAGUCGCAGAACCGACGCUGGCAGGCCCUCUGGUCCACGCUGCCUGAACGCGACAAGCAGCAUUGGCGUGCGCGGGCGCGCAAAACGCAGCGGCAGGUGGAGAGCGCUCCGGAGAAGUUCGUGGCAGCCGAGGCGAAACGGGGAAAUGAGAUGCGGAAAGCGGAAGCACAACUCGCGCGCACCGAAACCACCAAGUACAACCUCCUGGACAUUGCUGCGCACUUCAAGCUUCUCUCGGAUUCCUUCGCCAACGCAGCUGCCCUCAUGGGGGAGUACCGAGGUCCUGUCGCAAUGGAGGAGGUUACAUCAACGCUUCUUGACGGCCUGCUAACCUGUCUUAUUCCACUGGUAGCCAUUGCCGGUGAAUUGGAGCCUCUUGCUGGUGCUCCAGAUAAAUCGACAAUCUGCACUGGUCUCAGCUCUCUUGCUCACAUAUUCCCAAAUUUUUAA